CCCGGACGGCGUCGUGAACGCGCAUGUCAGGCUCGCUGCAGAGAUCCUGCUGCCUCUGCUCUCACGAUUAAUCGUGAGGAUGGUGUUGACAGCGCGAGGCGACCGACGGCUAGUUUUAUGUGUUUAAAUGCACGUCGGGACCCCGAUGAAAUUCCGUUUAACCGGGUCGAAAACCGUCGGUCCUCGUCCCCGACGUAUGCGGAGGAAGACGUCGCUGCCGGACCAAGGACGACGCCGGUGUUACUGAUGGAAUUCCCUGUGGUUGUUAGAUGGAGAAACCGAAAGGGUGGACUCGUUAUAAAUAAUUAAACAAAAACCCCAUCUGCUGCUAAAAAGAGAAGGAAAAUGCAUCUGCACCAGGUGCUGACGGGAGCCGUGAACCCCGGAGACUGCUGCUACUCGGUCGGAAGUGUGAAUGACGUUCCGUUCACGGCCUAUGGCUCAGGUUGUGAUUUGGUGAUCUUGGCUAGUGACUUUGACUGUGUCCAGAUUAUCCCGGGGGCUCAGAAUGGGAACAUACAGGUGGGCUGCGUGGAGUGCUCACACCAGCUCGGCAGGAUUGCUGCGUCCUACGGAAACACGGUCUGCAUCUUCGAACCUCUUUCCGCCAACCCAAACAAACGGCACAAGCAGCUUAACUAUCAGUGGCAAAAGACAGGACAGUUCUUCCUCGAUGCCAUCACCUACAACCUGGCGUGGGACCCACAAGGGAACCGUAUCCUAGCAGCGACCGAACGGCUCCAGCUGUGGGCUCCGCCACUGACAGAUGCCCUGAUAGAGGAGGAGGACGGACAGAUGACUGAGGACAAGCCGCACCCCGUCCUCAACGACUGGAACUGCGUCUGGCAGUGCAAGACUGCUGCCUCCGUUCAUAUUGCCAAGUGGUCUCCCGAUGGAGAGUACUUUGCAACAGUUGGGAAGGAUGACUGUUUACUCAAAGUGUGGUAUCCCACCACCGGCUGGCGCUCCGCCGUGGUGGUACAGGACCUCCUGGAUAAAAAGCCUCCACCCGUUCACUUCUCCUUUGUUUACCUGGCUCAUCCCCGUUCGGUCACUGGUAUGUCCUGGAGGAGGACCAGCAAAUACAUGCCCAAGGGUACAGUGUGCAACGUUUUGCUGACCUCUUGCGAGGAUGGUGUGUGUCGGUUGUGGUCCGAAACCCUGUUACCGGAAGAUAGUCUCCUGGGUGGGCAGAUUACUGAGAACACACACACCUUCAGCUCCAGCUUGCCGGGCCUGGGAGGAAAUAAGGACAAGAUCCAGCAUGCGUUAGAGUCAAUCCACCACCUGAAACAGCUGCGCCGGGGCCGACGGCGGUCCUCUGCUCUGGUGGCACACAGCGAGCUGCUACCUUCUCAGCUCGGCACACAGGACUCACACACUCACCGCCACAUUGCUCAUCAUGCCAACGCCCUCUGUCACUUCCAUAUCUCAGCCAGUAUUAAUCCGAACACAGACAUCCCAUCAGCGUUAGCUGAUUCUGCGGUUUUCAAUCCAGAAGACGGCUCCGGUGGUGGCGGCUUUAUGGUUCAUUGGCUCAACAAUAAGGAUCUUAGCUUCACUUCUUCUAUGGACCUUUUUAUGCUACAGCUCCGUAAGUUGUCUGAACAGCAGCUAGACCACACUGCUGAGGACCCGCUGGACCCUGAAGGAUCUCCUCUGAAGUUUGAUUUUGAACUGGACGAGAUGUCUGACAAAGCAUCCUCUGAGCACGGAGAAGAAGCCGACUCAGGAGAGCAGGGAAGCAACAAAGCGUCCUCCCCCGGAUCCAGCUCCAGCAUGCCUUUGCCCUCCAUGCUGCUUGAGAGAAAGAUGGAGACACUAACAACGGAGUGGAACAAAAGCCCCGACAUGCUGUUUACUAUCCAUCCCACCGAUGGAUCUUUCCUGGUUUGGCACGUAAAGUACUUGGAUGAAUUCAACCAGGGCAUCUUCAGACAGGUUCAGGUAUCCUUCUCCUCCCGUAUUCCAGUAGCUUUUCCUACGGGGGAUGCCAACUCACUGAGUAAAAACAUCCUGAUGUACGCCUGCACUUUGAUGGAGGGGGAGAAUGCUGGUACUGGUGAGCAGGGACGAAUGGUCCAGCGCCUCUCCCGCUCCGCGUCGCUCUCCGCCGGCCUGGGCUCCUCCUCUGUGUCCCCCUUACCCAAACUUCGCCCAGGCAUUAGUCCUGCUGUCAUGAUGGUCUCCAAACAUGUCGACGGAUCUCUCAACCAGUGGGCUGUGACUUUUGCAGAGCGCUCUGCCUUCUCCAAUGUACUGACCGUGUCGCACAAGGUCCGGUACUGUGGCCACCGUUUCCACCUGAAUGACCAGGCCUGUCACACUGUGCUGCCACUGCUGCUGACCUCCUCUCACCACAACGCCCUGCUCACUCCUCCAUCGGCCCCAGGAAGCCUGGAAGGGGAGCAGCUUCCAUCCUUUCCCACACCAAAGGGACUUUUCAGGAAGCAGCUUCGUAAUGCAGCCACAAGGACCUUCCAUGACCCAAACGCCAUUUACAGUGAGCUGAUUCUAUGGAGGGUUGACCACAUCGGACCCCUGUCCUGCACUGGAGGAGUCUCAGAACUGGCCCGUAUCAACUCUCUGCACACUUCUGCCUUUAGCAACGUUGCUUGGCUGCCUACACUUGUACCCAGCUCAGUGCUCGGGACUUACUGUAACAGUGCCAGCGCCUGCUUCGUGGCAUCAGAUGGUAAAAACCUGCGUCUCUAUCAGGCUGUUGUGGAUGCUCGAAAACUACUGGACGAGCUGUCGGAUCCUGAAACGUCCUGUGGCUCAAACACUCAGCUCCUGCAUGUCUUCCAAGAGGAUUUCAUUCUCGGUUACAAACCUCAGAACGAACAAGAAGCUUUCACGCCGGCUUUUUCAGCUGGAGAAGAUUACCAACCCGCCCCUUUCUCUGAGAAGUUCUUCCUGGUGGUGAUAGAAAAGGACCUCAACAGAAACUCUGUCCUGCAGAUGUGGCACCUGCACCUCCAAUCUGUGCAGGCCUGUGUCGAUGAGCCGGUUGCAGACUUUGGCUUCCAAAGCCAGCUAAUGGUUCCCAAUCAAGUUAUGAAUGCUGAUUCAUCCCCUGAGACGUCUCCUAUCAGACCCCUGCCGCGGUCAGCUUCUACAGCCAACCUGCAGUCGGCCAGCAAACUCAUCCUCAGCUCCAGGCUGGUGUACAGCAAGCGGCUAGACCUUCCCCAUGGGGUUGAGGUCACCAGAGCGACGCCCUCUGCAGGUCACCUGAGUUCCUCCUCCAUCUAUCCCGUGUGCCUGGCCCCGUACCUGAUUGUUACCACCUGCUCGGACUCCCGUGUACGAUUCUGGCGCUGUGGCGUGGAGGGGGAGGACGCCUUUAACGGAGAAGACCAGGACAACCGCACGUACCGCUGGGAGCCCUGGGCCCUCAUGAACGAGGAGGAGGACAACAACAGUGCCGUGUGCGUGUCGGGGCGCCCUGUAGCUGUGUCCUGCUCCUACAUUGGCAGGCUGGCCGUGGCCUUCAAACAGCCGCGGCAGGGACUGCUGCAGGGCUCUUUUGAAGAUUUCUCUAUGCACGUGUCCAUCUAUGAGUGUGAGUCAACCGGUGGCUCAGAGUGGGUUUUAGAGCAAACUGUCCACCUUGAUGACUUUGUGAGACCAUCAUCAACCUUGGAUCCAAGAGUCAGUGUGGAUUCCAAUCUCUUUGUCUACAGCAGGUCUGAUCUGUACAUGAGCAGGGACCACAGUUCGCCCAACAUUAAGCACUUUGUGCACUUGGACUGGCUGUCAAAAGAGGACGGAUCGCACAUCCUCACCGUUGGCGUCGGCUCCAACAUCCUCAUGUACGGCCGCAUAUCCGGCAUGGUCAACGAGCAGACCAGCAGCAAGGAGGGCGUGGCUGUCAUCACGCUUCCCCUAGGGGGCAGCAUCAAACAGGGGAUCCGCUCCCGCUGGAUCCUGCUCCGCUCCGUGGACCUGGUGUCGUCCGUGGACGGAACCCCCUCGCUGCCCGUGUCCUUAUCCUGGGUGAGGGACGGCAUCCUGGUGGUGGGCAUGGACUGUGAGAUGCACGUCUAUGCCCAGUGGCACCAGGACAAGAAGCUCGGUGAGGGAGAGGAGGGCAACCUGUCGUCAGCGGACAUCGCUGGGGGUCAAACCGCAGGUUCCUCCUCUGCCUUCGAGGGGAGGAUGAGGUCAAAGAGCGUGUUUGAAGGGAGCGCCGGGGUGGACGAGGCCCUGCGCGCCCCAGCCGGACUGCAGGAAGGGGGGCUGUUCGAGGCCGCUCACUCCCUGUCCCCAACCCUGCCGCAGUACCAUCCCACCCAGCUGCUGGAACUCAUGGACCUGGGCAAGGUUCGCCGUGCCAAGGCCAUCCUUGCACACUUGGUAAAGUGUAUUGCGGGAGAAGUUGCUGUGGUGAGGGAUGUGGAGGCAGGGGAAGGUGGAGCCAGGAGGCAUCUCUCCAGGACAAUCAGCGUGACUGGCAGCACAGCAAAAGACACCAUAGUGGCCGGCCGGGACGGAGGGAGGGACUACACAGAGAUCAACUCCAUCCCCCCUUUGCCACUCUACUCUCUCAUGUUGGCUGACCUGGACACCUCAUACAAAGGAGCAGAGGAGACUGCCAAGGGUUCAAAGGUGGCCGACGGUGAUGUGGCUCAGAAGUCAGGAGAGGAUCAGUAUGCUGACCUAUUCCAGGUGGCAGCAGUCACCACGGACGACUUUGUGAACUUUGCUGCCGACAAACCAGAGAAGAAAUCUCGAGUUAUCAACCUCUCCCAGUAUGGACCCACUUAUUUUGGGCCAGAGCAUGCUCAGGUUUUAUCCAGCCACCUCAUGCACUCCAGCCUUCCAGGACUUACCAGGUUAGAGCAGAUGUUCCUGGUGGCUUUGGCUGAUACUGUGGCAACUACCAGUGCUGAGGUCACGAGCUCCACUGAUCAACAGUACACAGGUGGCGAGGCUCUUGAUGAGUGUGGCCUGAGGUACCUGCUCGCCAUGCGUCUUCAUACCUGCCUCCUCACUUCUCUCCCGCCUCUUUACCGGAUGCAGCUGCUCCACCAGGGCCUUUCCACGUGCCACUUUGCAUGGGCCUUCCACUCGGAGGCAGAAGAGGAGCUGCUGAACAUGAUACCCGCCAUGCAGAGAGGCGACCCACAGUGGUCUGAGCUCAGAGCUGUGGGAGUGGGCUGGUGGAUACGUAACAUCAACACGCUGAGGAAAAUGGUGGAGAAGCUGGGCAAAGCUGCAUUCCAGAGACACAGUGAUCCUUUAGAUGCUGCACUAUUCUACUUGGCUAUGAAGAAGAAAGCUGUCCUGUGGGGGCUCUUUAGGUCCCAGCACGAUGAGAAAAUGACUCAGUUCUUCAAGAACAACUUCACUGAGGAUCGCUGGCGAAAAGCAGCCUUAAAGAACGCCUUCUCCUUGCUGGGAAAGCAGCGCUUUGAACAGUCUGCUGCAUUUUUUUUAUUAGCUGGUUCGCUUAAAGAUGCCAUCGAGGUGUUGUUGGAAAAGAUGGAGGACCUGCAGCUCGCCAUGAUAGUUGCGAGGCUGUACGAGGCCGACUUUGAGAACUCAUCCACCUGCCAAGGCCUUCUUUAUGAGAAGGUCCUGGGCCGUAACCGGGACGGGAGUGGCUACCACUGCUCCAGGCUGCACCCUGACCCGUUCCUCCGCAGUAUAGCCUAUUGGAUCAUGAAAGAUUACACGCGAGCCCUUGACACGCUGUUGGAGCGUAUCCCGAAAGACGACGAUGAGAAUCCCGACGCAAUGGUGAAAUCCUGCAACCCCGUAGUGUUUAGUUUCUAUAACUACUUGAGGACACAUCCUUUGAUCAUUCGUCGGCACUUUGCUACUCCAGAGGGCACAGCCACAACCGUGGGCCUCACUGCUGAGAAGAGCAGCGCGGACGAGAUCAACCUCAUAGAGCGCAAACUGUUCUUCACCACCGCCAAUGCACAUUUCAAGGUGGGCUGCCCAGUUUUGGCUUUGGAAGUCCUCUCUAAGAUUCCCAAGGUUAGCAGGAAAUCGAACUCCUUACCUGUCAGCAACGCUCCGUCCAAGGCAAAUGUAAACGCCAGUCAGCCCUUGGAAAAUGGAACGCGGGGAGGCGUGGACUGGGGCUCCCCGGCAGCUCCGGCCACGGCCUGGGGAGGAAACGACAGCGCUGCCGACCUGGACUGGGGCCAGCCUUUGGUCAAGGUGGAGGAAGACGACCUCAAGCUUGACUGGGGAGAGGACAAGGACGAGGAUGAUGAAGAUGAGGAUGAUGGAAUUACCAUGAAGAAGCCAGAGAGUGAGACCAAAGCAGACGAAGACUUAAAGAACGAUGACGGCAAACUACCAAGAGAGGAGCCACAGGGGGAGUCAGAGGUGGACGUGAUAGCAGAGCAGCUGAAGUUCCGCGCCUGCCUGAAGAUCCUGAUGACGGAGCUGCGCACGCUGGCCACGGGCUUUGAGGUGGACGGAGGGAAGCUCCGCUUUCAGCUUUACAAUUGGCUGGAGAAGGAGAUAGCCGCGAUGCACAAGAUCUGCAAUUACAAGGUGGAAGGGAAGGAGGAAGGCUCAGAGGUGGAACGCCGGGGAGACCGCACAGCCUCGGUGGACAUAUCGGAGGAUGCUCUGGACUGUAUGGAAGCGGGCGCAUACGAGCGCCACCAGAUGGAACGCCGCCGCCUUCAAGCCAAGCAGCAACACUCAGAGAGACGCAAGGCCUGGCUGAGGAAGAACCAGGCCCUACUCAGGGUCUUCCUGUCCUACUGCAGCCUGCACGGAGCCAAAGGAGGGGGGGUUACCUCUGUUCGCAUGGAGCUUCUGUUCCUUCUGCAGGAAAGCCAGCAGGAAACCACAGUGAAGCAGCUGCAGUCUCCUCUUCCUCUGCCCACAACUCUGCCUCUGCUGUCAGCCUGCAUCGCCCCCACCAAGACGGUCAUAGCCAAUCCCGUCCUCCACCUCAGCAACCACAUUCACGACAUCCUCCACACCAUCACGCUGAUGGAGACUGCGCCGCAUCCUGAAAUCAUCGAAGACGGGGUGAAUUCACUGCACACACUGGCUGCAUCCCUGUCCGCUUGCAUCUAUCAAGCCCUGUGUGACAGCCACAGCUACAGCAGUCAAACGGAGGCCAACCAGUUUACAGGCAUGGUGUACCAGGGCCUGUUGCUUAGCGAAAGGAAACGACUGCGCACAGAAAGCAUCGAAGAACAUGUAACUCCCAACUCUGCCCCUGCACAGUGGCCAGGUGUGUCGUCCCUGAUUUCUCUCUUGACGUCCGCAAGGGAGGAGGACCAGCCGCGGCUCAACGUGCUGCUGUGCGAAGCCGUGGUGGCCGUUUACCUUUCGCUGCUCAUCCACGGUCUGGGCACUCACAACAGCAAUGAACUCUUCCGCCUGGCAGCGCAUCCGCUUAAUAACCGCAUGUGGGCUGCUGUCUUUGGAGGAGGAGCAAAAGUCAUCAUUAGGCCAAAGAGACCUGAGCUUCCAGCAGCAGCCCCCCCUCAGCAACCCGCAGAGGACGUGGACAGAUACAGACGUAGGUUCAACAUGAGGAUGCUGGUGCCGGGGCGCCCUGUGAAGGAGACACCUGCCACCCCGCCUCCUGUUCCGGCAGAGAGACCAGCCUACAGGGAGAAGUUCAUUCCUCCAGAGCUGAGCAUGUGGGACUACUUUGUUGCUAAACCCUUCCUGCCGCUCUCAGACAGCAACGCCUUGUAUGACUCAGAUGAAAGCGGAGCAGAGGACGACGACGAUGACGACGACGCCUUCCUCUCAGACACGCAGAUAACGGAGCACUCCGAUCCAAACUCCUACAGCUGGGCUUUGAUCCGCCUGGUCAUGGUGAAACUGGCUCAUCAAAAUGUGAAAAACUUCAUCCCUCUUACUGGCCUUGACUUCACAGACCUGCCGGUCACCUCCCCGCUCAGCAAUGCUGUGCUGAAGGCCUUAGAGAACUGGGAACAGCUUCUCCUGGAGCGAAUUAACAAGUUUGACGGCCCGCCUCCCAAUUACAUUAACACUUACCCCACUGACCUCAGCGCAGGAGCUGGCCCCGCCAUCCUGCGACACAAGGCCAUGCUGGAGCCAGACAACACACCCUUCAAGACAAAAAAUCAUCAGUCCUUUCCAGUCCGACGUCUUUGGCAUUUCCUGGUCAAACAAGAAGUUCUUCAAGAAACUUUCAUCCGUUAUAUCUUUACCAAGAAAAGGAAGCAGAGUGAGUCUUUAGAGAACCAUGUGGACCGUAUAAACCCAAACUGCAUAGCCGGAGCUAGCAGUCCCUUUAAGGUGGAGGCAGAUCUGGGCUACCCAGGAGGAAAGGCUAAAAUUAUUCACAAGGAGUCCGAUAUAAUAAUGGCAUUCGCCAUCAAUAAGGCUAACUCCAAUGAGAUCGUGUUGGCUUCAACCCAUGAUGUGCAGGAGGUGGAUGUCUCCACUCUGGUGGCGGUCCAGCCCUACACCUGGAUAGGAGACGACUUCGAUAAGGAAUCCCGCAGCUCUGAUGAUGCAGACCACCGCUCCUCUCACACCAACAUCGCCCAGGCUAGCAGCGUCUCGUUUGCACAACAGCAGAUGUCGGUGUCUGCGUCCAUGCCCUGGCUCGGUAGUGGUCAGACCAGCAUGGGGGCCAGUGUGAUUAUGAAGAGGAAUCUGAACAAUGUGAAGAGAAUGACAUCACAUCCCAUUUAUCAGUAUUACAUGACGGGGGCCCAGGAUGGCAGUGUAAGAAUGUUUGAAUGGAACAGACCUCAGCAGCUCAUUUGCUUCAGACAAGCUGGCAAUGCGAGGGUCACCCGACUCUAUUUCAACUCCCAAGGCAAUAAGUGUGGCGUUGCUGAUGGAGAGGGCUUCCUCAGCCUCUGGCAGGUCAACCAGACGUCCUCCAACCCCAAACCGUACUUGAGUUGGCAGUGCCACUCAAAGACGUGCGGGGACUUUGCCUUCAUCACGUCCUCCAGCCUGAUCGCCACAGCCGGACAGUCCAACGACAACAGAAACGUCUGCCUGUGGGAUACUCUGAUUUCUCCCGGGAACACCAUGGUUCACGCCUUCCCCUGCCAUGAGAACGGGGCCACUGUGCUUCAGUACGCUCCCAAACAGCAGCUGCUGAUCACUGGAGGCAGGAAGGGCUUCGUGUGUGUGUUUGACAUCCGACAGAGGCAGCUGCUUCACACUUUCCAGGCCCAUGACUCAGCCAUUAAGGCCCUCGCACUGGAUGCCUUCGAGGACUUCUUUGUCACCGGUUCAGCUGAGGGCAACAUGAAGGUCUGGAAACUGGCCGGCCACGGGCUCAUGCACUCGUUCAGCACCGAGCACGCCAAGCAGUCCAUUUUCCGCAACAUCGGGGCCGGCGUCAUGCAGGUGGAGACGCGUCCGGGGAACCGGAUCUUCACCUGCGGGGCCGACGGCACCCUGAAGAUGAGGGUCCUCCCCGACCGCUACACCAUCCCCUGCAGCCUGGCAGACGUCCUGUAACGCCCACGACCAACUCCGAGGGUCCAAAGAGAAAAGCUAAACGCUUAUGUAACCCCCCCCCCCUCCUCCGGGUGUUAAUGGUGUAGUAGUCGAUGGGGAAGAGUUGGUCAAAAGGCCGCCAUGCUUUUGAUAUGGUGGGGUGUGCAGUGUUGGCGGUUUUACGGCCGAUGGGAGUCAUAUCCAGAACCACAAACGGGGCUGCAAACGUCUUUUAUUUUUUUUCCCCAAAGGCUGAAAAACAAAGUCAAGAGCGAAAAAGGUAUCAUACCGGAUUUUAAAGCUAGAUUUGUUGUAAUUUUAUUGAGGAAUCUCUACUCGUAGAGUGUGUCCAUAGGGAAGCUAUGCAUGUCCUGUUCUCGUUACGCAGUGCAAUCACAGGUCUAUUGAUAGUGCUCUGUAAAAGUGCUCAAGCAAAACUUUUAAAGGUGUGUAACUGUCGUCAUUUUGUGCCCACGGCUGAAAUCUUUUAGCAUCUACUGUAACCAGCACUGUGGUUUGUUAUUAAGUCAGUGGUUUCCAAGUGUGAAUCAAGUUGUUGGAAUAUGCAUUUCGUUUAAAUGGUUUUGCCCCCCCCCCUCCCCUUCCCCUCCCCCGUCCCCGUUAUGCCUUUUUGCCCGGCUUUUCUCAGCCCUUAUGGACGAGUUGAUGGUGCAUUGCUCCUAAUUGUGACACCUCCCCCCCCAUACCCAAUCCUCUGUCUCAAUGGCUGCCCGCGGCUCGGGGUGGCCUCUCCUGGUUUGGGUUGGACCCGGUCCCGGUCAACCCCUAUGAGCUUAUGCUCACUCUGCUGUGUCUGCCGUCUGUACGCCGCCCACCUGCCCUCAAAUGCCUGUUUGUGUGGCAGACUCACUGCUAGAACAUUCCUGCGGGGAAGAUCGAUGUGUUUUAACUCCUGUGACUGUGAUUUUAAUGUGUCAUCUGUCUGGUCUAAAGCUUAAACUCACCCACUCAGAGCAGAAACACAAAGGUUCACAUCUGGUUUUUGCACAAGAAAAAUCUCUAAAUGGUUGUUUGUUCUUGUUUUGUUUUUUUUAAUUAAGUUGAUUUUAUUAUUUAAAUUAUUUAUAUGUUUGUGUGUGCUUGGUUGCUCGAUCGUUUCUUUGUAAAACAAUUUAACUUAUUGCCUUUUAUUUUAGGAAUGUAAGGGGUUUUACUGUAUUUGACUGGGAGAUGUGCAACACGGUCUACUAUAUGUAAGUGUGUGUUACCUCGCUAGUUGUUUUUUCUGUUUCAUCCAUAAGGAAUAGAUAUUUGCACUCAAAUUCUGGAGACACUAAAAGUUUAUUUGGAACUUAUAGGCUAACAAAGAAGAAACUGUUAUACAAAUGAAUGUCUGGCUUUAUUUGGCCUAGUAGUAAAGUGUUUGAAAUAGUUUUAAUAUAUAAAUUAUAUGAAUAUUAAUAUAUAUAAAUAUACAUACAUAUAUAUAUACAUAUAUAUAUAUAUGAACUAUCACGACAGCUUGUACAAACAUGAAAGCAUUUCUUUAUUUUUGGUUUGUAUCAUAAUAGUUUGAUUAGUUGUAUCUUUUGUUUAGUGUACGUAUGGUAUUUAUUAAAGAAAUUUGUGUUUCUCUCCCUCUUUCUGCCCAGAAUGUAUUCUGUGUGUUUCUCAAGUGUCUCAAGCAAAGCUCCUGGUUGUCUUUUGUGUGUGUGUGUGCGCGUGUGUGUUUGUGCGUG